AUGGGCAAGAAGGAUAAAAAGUCGGCCGAGCGAAAGGCGCGCAUUGCCGCCAAGCAGUCCAAGAAGGCCGAGAAGAAAGAAAAGAAGAACAAGACCAAAGGCCGCGAUGUCGACAGCGACGCCGAAGACGUCGAUCUGGACGCCGUCCUGGCCGCCUACGCAGCGGAGCAGGCCAAGUUCCUCAAGGUGACCGAGGUCGUGUCGGGCCCGCCGUCGCCUCGCUCGUCUGCGACCAUCAUUGCCUCCCCGUCGAACCGGAAUGAGCUGCUGAUCUUUGGCGGGGAGUACUUUGACGGCACCGUCGCGACCUUCUACAAUAACCUGUUCGUCUAUCUCAUCGAUCGGGGCGAGUGGCGCGAGGUGACGAGUCCGAACAGUCCGCUGCCACGAAGCGGGCAUGCGUGGUGUCGAGGGAAGGCGGUUCGUGAGCCAGCUAACCGGGCUUUCGUACAGGAGAAUUCUCGUCUCCCAAGCAAGGCACCUUCUACCACUACAAUGAUUUCUGUGCUAACGUCGUCGCAGAACUAUAUCAUUCUUUUCGGCGGAUUCCAGGAUACUUCCCAGCAGACGAAAUACCUCCAGGACCUCUGGAUCUAUGACACUCAGAAAUACACGUGGUUUAACCCAACUCUGCCGCCGGCAUCACAGAAGCCAGAUCCCCGCUCAUCGUUUUCUUUCCUGCCCCAUGAAUCGGGCGCUGUCCUGUAUGGAGGAUAUUCCCGUGUGAAGGCGUCGACAGCUGCAGGCGGCAAGCAAGUGAAAGGGCCACAGCGAAUGACCCUCAAACCGAUGAUUCAUCAAGAUACCUGGUUUCUCCGUAUCACACCCCCUGCGGCUGAUGCUCCAGCAUCGGCUGGUCCGACAGUGCGAUGGGAGCGUCGAAAGAAGCCUGCCAACCCGCCUAACCCGCCACGAGCUGGCGCCACAAUGGCCUACCACAAAGGCCGAGGCAUCAUGUUUGGUGGCGUUCAUGAUGUUGAGAUGACGGAGGAGGGGAUGGACAGCGAGUUUUUCGACGGCUUGUUCGCAUGGAAUAUGGAGAGGAACCGCUUCUUCCAGCUCAAUCUCCGUCGCCCAAGGGGUCCCAGUAAAAAGCAGCAAGCAAAUCAAGCCGUUAAGUCCAGGGACAGAACCAAGGCCGAUGAAGAAGAACUGCUGCGGAACCUGGCAGCUCUGGAGGCAAAGAAAGGCAUACGUCGGGAAGAUGAUGAUGACUUGGAGCUCGACAUUCCCAAAGUAGAAGAGGAGCCGGCCGAGCCGUCGAAGCAGGAGGUGGUCCGUUUUGAGAUGCCGCAUCCGCGGUUCAACGCUCAGCUGGCGGUCCAGGAUGACACGCUCUUCAUCUUCGGAGGAACCUUCGAACGAGGUGACCAGGAGUUCACGUUUAACGACAUGUACUCGAUCGACCUGGUCAAGCUGGACGGCGUCAAGGAGAUUUUCUACAACGAACCGAUCAACUGGAACGCCAAGGAGCAGGAAGAAAGCGAGGACGAAGAAGACGACUACGAAGACGACGAAGAGAGCGAAGACGAGGAAGGCGAAGGCGCGGAGGAAGAGAGGGCCUCGCCCGCACCCACCGACAUCACCGUCCCGUCGGUAACGCGCGACAUGGAACAGCUCGAGGUGGAGGACCAGGAGUCGACGGAACCGGCCGUCAAGGACGAAAGACCCCAGCCGCGACCGUUCGAGAGUCUCCGCGACUUCUUCGCCCGCACGUCGACGGAAUGGCAGAACAUCCUGCUGGAGAAGAUGAAGCAGCAAGGCCAGACCGUGGAGAAGUCGGUCAAGGAGCUCCGCAGGGAAGCGUUCGACCUCGCCGAGGAGAAGUGGUGGGAUAGCCGGGAGGAGAUCAUGGCGCUGGAGGACGAGCAGGAAGCAGCCGGCAUUGGCGAGGUCGUCAAUAUUGCAGAGAGAGGCGACCAGAUUGGUGGUGUGGGUCGUCGGAGAUGA